AUGGCGGCGGCGGCGGAGCGGGGCCGCCUCAGCUUCCCGGGCGGUGCCGGGGCCUUGGGGCGGCCCGUGCCUAUGAACCUCUUCGCCACCUGGGAAAUCGACGGUUCCAGCCCCAGCUGCGUGCCCAGGUUGUGCAGCUUGACACUAAAGAAACUGGUAGUCUUAAAGGAAUUGGAUAAGGAGCUUAUUUCUGUGGUCAUUGCUGUCAAAAUGCAGGGCUCCAAGCGCAUCCUGCGGUCUCAUGAGAUCGUGUUGCCGCCGAGUGGACACGUGGAGACAGAGCUUGCGCUGACCUUCUCGCUGCAGUACCCUCACUUCUUGAAGAGAGAAGGCAACAAGCUUCAGAUCAUGCUGCAGCGGCGGAAGCGAUACAAGAACCGAACCAUUCUAGGCUACAAGACUCUGGCUGUGGGGUCUAUCAACAUGGCUGAGGUCAUGCAGCACCCCACAGAAGGUGGCCAGGUACUGAGCCUUUUCAGCAACAUCAAAGAAGCUGCAGUAAAGGUAGCAGAAAUCUGGAUCUUCUCCUUGUCAAGUCAGCCAAUUGACCAUGAAGACAGCAGUAUGCAGGCCAGCCAGAAAAUCAAGUCUACAGAUAACUAUUCUGAGGAGGAGUACGAGAGCUUCUCUUCUGAGCAGGAGGCCAGUGACGAUGCCGUGCAGGGCCAGGAUUUGGAUGAUGAUGAGUACGAGCUGGGGAAGCCCAAGAAGCAGCGGAGAUCGAUAGUAAGAACGACGUCCAUAACCAGGCAACAGAACUUCAAGCAGAAGGUUGUGGCAUUGCUGAAGAGAUUUAAAGUGUCUGAUGAGGUUCUGGAUUCAGAGCAGGACCCUGCAGAGCACGUUCCAGAGGUGGAGGAGGACUUGGACCUUCUCUAUGACACGUUGGAUAUAGAGAACCCCAGUGACAGUGGGCCAGAAAUGGAAGAUGAUGACAGUGUUUUGAGCACUCCAAAGCCAAAGUUAAAACCUUAUUUUGAAGGACUGUCACACUCCAGCUCUCAGACAGAAAUCGGUAGCAUCCACAGCAUCAGGAGCCAGAGAGAGCCAUCAAGUCCUCAGGUAGAAGUGCCUGAAAAGACAAAGAGUCUUGGAACCAAACACACAGAGGACAGUAUUUCUGACACUGUCUCUUUUGAGUCUAACCAGCAAGCUGAGGUCCAAGAAGCAGAACUUCCCGCACCAGAUGUGUUUGUUGAGAAGCUCCCACCCAGCGGGAAGAUCACCAAGACGGAGUCCCUCAUUAUCCCAUCCACCAGCAGGUCUGAAGCGAAGCAAACUGGACGUCGGGGGAGAAGCACAUCUCUGAAAGAGAGGCAGCCAGUGAGGCCACAGAAUGAGAGAGCAAACAGCCUGGACAAUGAACGAUCUCCAGACACCCGGCACCACUUACAGAUCCCCAGGAAAACUGUGUAUGACCAACUAAAUCACAUCCUGGUUUCUGACGACCAGCUGCCAGAAAACAUUAUUCUUGUCAAUACUUCAGAUUGGCAAGGACAGUACCUGUCAGAUGUCUUACAAAAGCAUACCUUGCCAGUGGUCUGUACAUGUUCCUCAGCUGAUAUUCAAGCAGCUUUCAGCACUAUUGUCUCCAGGAUACAGCGAUACUGUAACUGCAAUUCUCAGCCUCCAAGCCCAAUUAAAAUUGCAGUGGCCGGAGCCCAGAAUUACCUCAGUGCUGUGUUGAGGCUCUUUGUAGAGCAGCUGUCUCACAAAACCCCAGACUGGCUUGGCUACAUGCGAUUUUUGAUCAUCCCUCUAGGCUCUCAUCCAGUGGCCAAGUAUCUGGGGUCUGUAGAUUAUAGAUACAACAACUUCUUCCAAGAUGUAGCCUGGAGAGAUCUGUUCAACAAACUUGAAGCGCAGACCACUGUUGCAGAAACGCUUGAUGUUGUCUCCCGAAUAACGCAGUACAUAGCAGGGGCAAACUGUGCGCACCAGUUGCCCAUUGCCGAAGCGAUGCUGACGUACAAGCAGAAAAGCCCUGACGAGGAAUCUUCGCAGAAGUUCAUUCCCUUCGUUGGGGUGGUGAAAGUUGGAAUAGUGGAACAAUCUUCUGCGACGUCAGGUGACUCUGAUGAUGCAGCUCCCUCAAGCUCCAGUGUCCUUUCUUCUACCCCACCUUCUGUAUCUCCUGCUGUGAAAGAAGCCUCCCCCACACCACCUUCCUCACCGUCUGUCACAGGCAGCUUCUCAUCCUCAAGCCAGGGCCUUGGUGCUGAGCUGAUGGGCCUGCAGGUGGAUUACUGGAUUGCAGCUCCACCCAUGGACAGAAAGAGAGACCCGGAGAAGAAGGACCCUUCCACUACCAAAAACACACUGAAAUGCACUUUCCGGUCCCUCCAGGUCAGCAGGUUACCUGCCAGCGGGGAGAUCGCCACCACUCCAACCAUGUCCAUGACCGUCGUGACAAAGGAGAAGAACAAGAAAGUGAUGUUUUUACCCAAGAAAACAAAAGACAAGGAAGUUGAGUCAAAGAGCCAGUGCAUUGAAGGAAUCAGCAGGUUGAUUUGCACAGCAAAGCAUCAGCAGAACAUGCUGCGGGUCCUGAUUGACGGAGUGGAGUGGAACGACGUCAAGUUCUUUCAACUGGCAGCACAGUGGUCCUCUCAUGUCAAGCACUUUCCCAUCUGCAUAUUUGGGCACUCCAAAUCUAACUUCUAGCCACGCUCGGAGGGACCUCUGUCCAUCCCAGGGACUGCACACCAGGAGCCAGGAACUGCGUGCCAACUCGACUCGCAUCACUCUGCCCUCUCCUGCAGAAUUAAUUACAGAUGUGCUUGGAUUACUUUUGAAUUACUUUUUUUCUAUUAACUCUUAAGUUUACUACAAGGGAAGGAAACCCCUUUAAACAAAGGCAAAAAAACAACAACAACAGUCUUAAAUAUAGAUGUGCUGUCAACAAAGCUGUGGGGGAGUUGGCAGGAGCAGGCAACCUGCCCAAACACCUCCCACUUCGGAGCAGAUAGCUGAAUAACUGCACUGCUUAUUAACCUGAGACCUCAUUGGUGUGUGUGGGCUGGGGGGGCCGUGGAUUUUGCAGAAGAUCCUGCAUGUUACGAUGCGUUUUGACCCCUCCCUCCAUAUUUCUAGGAAAACCAAUGGCCAGUCUUUCUUCCUGCUGCCAAAGGAUGAGAGAUCAGCGAGUCUGCAGGGCGACCAGCUGUCUGGUUUGAAAACCGAACCGGUGGUUUGCAGAGCUAGAGAGGGGCAGAGAGGAACUUGCCCUGCAUUACGUGGGGUCUGCCCUGGGGCUGGGCAGGUGUCUGUGCUCAGUGCUGCCUGAGGAAGGCUGGGCAGGAGCAGGAGCUGGGGAAACACAAGGUGUAAGGAACCUCUGCUGCCCCCUGGUCUGUGACAGUGACCAAACCGAGCCGGUCACCUGCAGUGCUGCUGAGGGACACCACGUCAGUGGGGUCGCUGCUAUUUACAUACUCACACCGAUUAUUUACUUGUCAAUAAAACCUCGUCCAGCCUCCAAGGGGAAAAGAUUUUUUUUUUUAAUAGCCGCAAAUUUUUUUUAAUGCUUUCUUAAAAAAUAAAAAAGACAAAUAAAUAAUUUAAAAAAAAAAAAAGGGGGGGAAAAAAAAAAAAAAAAACAAGUUGCCAAAAAGAAAAAAUUGAACUACCAAACCCAGGAAGAUGAGCCGUUGCCUGUGAAGUGAUCCACCACUGUAGUGGCUGGAGCUGCAGCCAGCCAGGUGCUCUGCAAGGCCAGCUGCCUGCCCAUCCAUCUGUCACACUGCACAUGUGAGAUAGUGUGUCUGGGCUGCUUCAUCUGCUCUGCCUUUGUCCUGCCUGGACUGCGCUGUCUGCACCUGGGUGUGCUGCUGUUGUGCCCAGCUGAGCCACCCAGCACCUCUCCUUGUAGGGACUGUGAGGCUGUAACAGAGCUGCUGGAGGCAGGUGCCCACCUGCAGGCUGUAGGAAGUUGUCCUCGCUGUCUGCUUUGGGAGUAUUGUCUGCUCAGGCAGGCAUUCAUUUCUCUAUGAGGUGCAUCCUGUCCUCGGCAGGGCAUUGCUCCAGGCUGAGCUUUGCUGUGUGAUGUGGUCCUGUGCUGCAGUGGAGAACUACAGGUGGAACGGGGCAGUGGAUGAAGCUAGAUGGGUUCUUCAUCUCUGUUGGGCAGCCCUGUGCCUGGGCUCUAUUUGGCCUGGCUUUUGAUUGUUUGGCACACCUUGGCAUUUUCAGAAUGUGUUGUUGGAGGACAAGGGAUGCUUUUGAGCGUUUCCCAGCUUUAGCUGCUCAGUAGUUAUAUUUUUCUCUGAAAGGUUUGGAGAAUCUGUGUUGCCCUGCUGGUAUGGGUCCUGCUCUGCCCUGCUGGUGGGCUGAUGGGGAGCAAGGUGAGAGCGUGGUCCCUGCUGCAGCUCGGGGCUGGGCUGCUCUGCUGGCUUUGAUUUAAUGAAAUCCUCCCCGUGACCACAUGGGAGGAGGAUGCUGUGCAGGCUGUGUGCAUGCUCCUGCUGCCCCUUCCCACAGCACUGCCUCCCAGCUGCCAGCACACAGCUGGGGCAGGGCUCAGCUCUCAUCGCUGUAUCCAUCUACUCCUGUGGUUUUGGUUGACCUGAGCUGAUGCUGUAGGACUGCGUAGUGUUGCCUAGCAGCAGCAGCGUGGGAGAUGGUGUAUAAGCACAUCCUUUUUUUUUUUCUUUUUUUUUCUUUCUUCUUUUAAAUUGUAUUGAGGCUGUUGAAUCGAAAAACCCCUUUGAAAGGAAAUUAGUGUGAGAUUUCUUCCUUGAGUCUCCCACUGCUGUGGCAGGAGCUGAGCAUUGGGCUCCAUCUCUGGGCACCACACGCAGCCAGGCAGCUCUGUGGCAGGCAUGGGAUGGGCAGCCCUGCUGCAAUGACUGAACGCUGUGCUCCUCUGCGUGUGUUUCAACCUACUGUAAAGAAACAGGCAGUAGCUGGUGCAGGAUUGCUGGGUCCUGCCUGUUACGUGUACAUUGCCCUGCUCUACUGUGUGUGUGUGUGUGUGUAUGUGAGAAAGAAGCACUCGCGCUCGUUGCAUUUCAUGUUAGUUUGUGUUUUGGUGUAACUUUGUACACCUGAAUUCACCGGGUAACACCGGAGGGAGAUGGUAACACUGCUGGGAGAAGGGCUUCCACCUUGCUUGGAGGUGAGGGCUCGUUGUGGCACUGACCUGGUUUUACAGCACUGGUGAGCAGACGAGAGAUGGAAGGUUUUGUGGCAUUGUGUUGCACCGUGUGCUUGCUGGUCCUUUGGUUUGGGUUCUGUGGCUCGUCCCCAGCCCUGGGGAUGGUCACCUGCUGUCUGUCCUGCUGCACACGUGGGGUCUUGGGUGGCUUUUCAGCUCCACUCUGCAGCUGCCAUCCACUGAAAUUCUUAUCACUUCCAUCUCAGCAGUAGCUGCAGAGUCCUUAAUUACCCAUGAGCUUGGGGACGGCCACUGUCUCCUCAGCUGGGCUUGGCUGUGUUACUGGUGUGUGUUUGUGACUUAAUAAGGCACAGGUGGACGUUUGCUGGGGCUGGAGGAGAUUUGCUGUCAGCGUGCGGUCAUCCUUUGGCCAACACCCACUGGCCUGAGCUUUACCUGGCACUGCAGCAAAGGCCCUGUGAGUUUCCUCAGCUGCAGUGGGAAGCAGCUCAUGCAGGAAGGCUCCUCCCGGUCCUUUCUCACCGGCAACAGGCACGGAGGGGGCAGUGCAGAGCCAGGACUUGGGGCAUUGCAUAUUGUGGCUCAAAGCUUGAAAGGAAGAUCCUGUUGAGAGGGGCCAAGCUGAUGGGUGCUGCUGGGUUUGCGGGGAUGGGGGUCCUGGAGCAACGUUGGGUGCGAUGCCUCCGUCCCCAGUCAGCAGGUCCUUGGUUUCCAUAGGGAAGAGCACUGUUCUGCAGCACAGCAGUCACCUGCUCAGCAUUGCAGGGCAUUGCCUGCCCAGCUGCGUGCCGUGGUGAUGGGGAAGCACUGUGGAUACUGUGUGCUGUGCUGUCAGCCCUGCCUGGGCCGCCGCACAAGAUGGGACGUUACCACUUUGUAGAUUCCUGAGUUGUCCAUCUGUUUCAUUGUUGUAUUAUUUGGGUUCUCAAGUUUUUUUUUUUUUUUUUUUUUUUUUUUUUUUAAUGAAGACAGAUUAAAUGUAAAUAGCUUUUUUUUUCUUUUUUUCUUUUUUUUUUUUUUUGAACAAACCGCAACGUGCUCGACCUCGUCAACUAUUUUAUGGUACUAAUGCAACACUAAUAAAACUGGACAUGA